UAGGUGCAUGCAUUUCACAGUCACACAGUGUGGGAUGAGGGGAGGGGGCUGGCCCCAAGCUCACUGGCUGGCUGAGAAACAAGCCCAGUGACCAGCACUAGCAGUGCAGGAGUUAAAGGCCCUUCUAUUUCCGGAUUUGCUCAUUGCUGAAGGCUUGUAGUGGAGCUAGAGAAAGAGGGAGGGAGACAGGAGCAUCCCCUACACACAGCAAGAACUGAGCAUCCUCCAGGAGGAAGGAAGCCUCAGAAAGGGGGUGCACAGACUGGAGCACCAAGAGAGGAGGCUGUUUGGGGGGCUGCCGUUUGCACACCUCCCUCCUCAUUCAUUCCCCCCACCCACUGCUCCUGAAGAUCAUCAGUCAUUUGGAUUUUGACAGAUCUUGCAACCUUGAUGGACAGGCAGAAAGAGCAGCUCUAAGAUACCCAGAGAGGAGAGGGGAAUACGCACAGAUCCUGUGGCUCUCCAUGCUCCAGUCUCCAGCUUGGGCUUCACCCUGGACUAAGGUCCCACCUUGUUCCCUUGCACUGAGGACACUUCUAGUGUUGUCCAGGAACAGCUGCCCUUCUUCCACAAGUCUCCCAGUUGCACCCGACUCGGAAUGGCACAAAGGUAUGACGAGAUGGUGCAUUACUCAGGGUUGGAUGGGAUGUCUCUGGCAGGAUUUGCGGAUGCCCACACAGGCCGAGCACUACAACACCACUCGCUUAGCCAGAGUACACCCUAUGGAUCUACGGGAGCAGCUCACCGAGUACCAAUGCCCCCUGGAAUGGGUAGCAACGACGGUCUGAAAAGAGAAAAGGAUGAGAUUUAUGGGCACCCACUGUUUCCUCUGCUGGCUUUGGUGUUCGAGAAGUGCGAAUUGGCUACGUGUUCCCCUCGCGACAAUUCUGGCUCAUUCCCAGGGGGCGAUGUUUGCUCUUCAGAUUCGUUUAACGAAGAUAUCGCUGUUUUUGCCAAGCAGGUUAGAACAGAAAAACCCCUGUUCUCUUCCAACCCAGAGCUGGACAAUUUGAUGAUACAAGCCAUUCAAGUAUUACGAUUCCACCUGCUGGAGUUAGAAAAGGUUCAUGAUCUGUGUGACAAUUUCUGCCACCGGUAUAUCACAUGUCUAAAAGGCAAGAUGCCAAUUGAUUUAGUGAUAGAUGAUCGUGAUGGCUCUUCCAAGUCGGAUCUGGAAGAUUUUACAGGUUCCUGCACCAGCCUAUCAGACCAGAAUAACACAUGGAUACGAGAUCAUGAUGAGACAGGCUCUACUCACUCAGGUACACCGGGUCCUUCCAGCGGAGGGCUAGCUUCCCAAAGUGGAGAUAAUUCCAGUGAACAGGGCGAUUGUAUGGAUAACAGUGUGGCAUCACCCAGCACGGGCGAUGAUGACGACUUAGAUAGAGACAAGAAGAGGAACAAGAAAAGAGGCAUUUUUCCCAAAGUUGCAACGAACAUUAUGAGGGCGUGGCUCUUUCAGCACCUCUCGCACCCUUACCCCUCCGAAGAACAGAAAAAGCAGCUAGCACAGGAUACAGGGCUCACGAUAUUACAGGUCAACAAUUGGUUUAUUAAUGCAAGAAGACGCAUUGUCCAACCUAUGAUUGACCAAUCUAAUCGCACAGGGCAAGGAGGUGCUCCCUAUAGCCCAGAUGGUCAGAACAUGGGAGGAUAUGUCAUGGAUGGACAACAACACAUGGGCAUUCGACCCCCUGGCUUCCAAGGAAUUCCUGGGGAUUACACAGCAGCCCCAAGCACUAUGCCCAUGGGAUUCCCACCGGCUGGCUACACACCUGCCAUACCGCCGCACUCUGCCGGUCUUCGCCACGGACCAUCUCUACACUCCUACCUCCCAGGGCACCCUCACUCUAUGAUUCUGCCAGCGGGCGCCUCCCCUCACCACCUGGUAUCAGCGCAGAGUCCGGCGGACGCACUUCUAAAUGGUCAAAACAUAGACAUUCACGCUCAUUAAUAUCGGACACCUUGGGCGUUAGUUCAGUGACAUUUUUUAUUUUACCUCCAACAAUUUUUUAAAGGGUGUUGGCUAAACUUCAUGUGCUGGUCCUACAAAAGGGAUAAAACAAGUGUUCAACUCUUUAUCCAGCUCACUGUAGCCGCAGAAGCUAGUGGAUGAUAACAUGGACAUUCAGAAGAGAGGACACAGGAUGAAAGCCAUUUAGCUGGAACAGUGACAGAGUUAAGACAAAUGGGCAGGGGCCCUUCCUGGGAGUCGGUGUGAAGUCAUUUUUAAGGAAGAACACUCUGAUGGAGGAGAAGAAACAUUCUUUUAAAGCACACCCUUCAUUCCCACUAUUUGUUUUUCGGAUGGACCAAGACAAGAUGAUCACGCGUGGACAGAUGAACUUUGAGGAUUUACAUUUUAGGGACUUGCUUUUUUUUUUUUUUAAGUUGUCACUUGAAGCAGGGACUAAGUUAACUUGUACAUUUUUAAGUAAUAUUAUUAUUUGGGUUGAUACGUGUCUUGUUUUACCUGUUUUUUUUUUAUGAUAAAGGAAAUGAACUUGAAAACAAAAUGCCACUGUGGAUGUAUAUACAUAUGUAAAAAUAUUUAUAGCACCUAUAAAAUUCAGGGUAAGCAGAGGAA